AUGCACACUGUGAGUUCAGAGAAGAGCCGCGGGGAGGAUCCAUCAUCUGUUCCUUGCACGCAGGAAUCUCGCGAGGAGGAAAACGACAAGGUAGGAUUCUACAACCAAAAGAAUCGCGUAGUCCACAUCCUGAUUGGGGCCGGCUUCGGGUUGUUGGCGUCAGUAGCCACCAUUGUCUUCAUCGUUUGUGCCGUGUGGAUAGCGUCUCCGGCUGCGCCACCAGCCAACCCGAUAGAUGUGAUAGUCGACCUCAUUGAUAUACAAGCAGAUCCCGGCCAUCUGCGAGCCGACCCCAACCAUCUGCGAACCGACGCCAACCAUCUGCCAGCCGACCCCAACAAUCUGCGAGCCGACUCCAACCAUCUGCCAGCCGACCUCAACCAUCUGCCAGCCGACCCCAACCAUCUGCGAACCGACUCCAACCAUGUGCGAGCCGACUCCAACCAUCUGUCAGCCGACCCAAACCAUCCGUCAGCCGACCCAAACCAUCUGCCAGCCGACCCAAACUAUCUGCCAGUCGACCAAAACCAUCUGCCAACCGACCAAAACCAUCUGCCAACCGAUCCCAACCUGCUACGAACCGACCCAAAUCAUCUGCCAGCCGAUUCCAACCAUCUGCCGGUCGACCCCAAUCAUCUGCGAACCGACCCCAAUCAUCUGCCAGCCGAUUCCAACCAUCUGCCGGUCGACCCCAAUCAUCUGCGAACCGACCCCAACAAUCUGCGAACCGACUCCAACCAUCUGCCAGCCGACCCAAACCAUCUGCCAGCCAUCCCCAAUCACCUCCGAACCGACUCCAACGAUUUACAAGUCGACAAUACCAUUCUACAAGCAGCUCAAACUGCGACCGAUAUACAAGCAGACCCCACCUAUCUACAACCAGAUCCUACCGACAUACAACCAGACACCACCGGCAUACAACCAGAUACCACCGGCAUACAACCAGACACCACCGACAUACAACCAGACGCCACCGACAUACAACCAGACGCCACCGGCAUACAACCAGGCACCACCGAUCUUCAAGCCAUCCACUUUCGAGCCGACUCCCCAGAUCUACGAGCCGAAACCACCGAUCUGCCUACAGACGACGAAGAUCUCGUGUUCAUUUCAUUUUAUCUGUCGUACUUGUAA